CCCGCAAACGUUUCCGUUCGGUGACGGUCUCAGACCCAACUUAGGCCCAUAAAUCAGCUUUCGUGGAGCACUCUCGGGCGCGUUCCUUCUCACUGAUCUCUCUCCCCACCUCCAUCGUUGGUCCCUCCAGCUACCUCGUAAUUCAAGAAACGCUUUGAAAACAUUUGGCUGGAACUUUAGCAGGCACCAGCCGCAGAAAUGACAUCUUCAACUCUGCCCCAGACCGUUGACGUGCUUCUUGUCGGCGGAGGCCCCAUUUCCCUAACCGCGACAUACAUCCUUGCAAAAGCCGGUAUCAGUGUCUUAGCCAUCGAGCAGCAUGACAAGUCUGAACAAGCAUUAUAUGGUCGCGCAUGUAUGCUGUAUGCUCGAUCGCUGGAGCUGCUCAGCCUCAUCGGCGUGUACAGCCGGAUUGCUGAUGUAGGCUUCGUGGUGAGAAACGCCACUACCUUCAAAGACGGCAAACGAGUUCCUGCCCGAGGUUGGAGCUUCGUCCAGAAUGCCAUCAAAGGCAAGACCUAUUUCGAUUACAGCUUUAGCAUCCGCCAGAAAUACAUCGAAGACGCUCUCCGGGAUGCUAUUGCCGAGUUCGACCCAGCCGCAGUACAGUCCCCUGCUAAGUUGUUGGAUUUUUGCGUUGGCGAUUCUCAGGAAUAUCCCAUUGCUGCUACCGUGCAGUUUCGUUCUGAGAAAGCAACGGUCCAUUGCAAAUAUCUCAUUGGAGCUGAUGGUGGCCGAUCAUCGGUACGGACCCUGAGCAAUAUAUCCUUCCCGGGAACAUUGUCGACAAAUAAGUGGGUCCGGCUCGAUGCGAUCGUGCGUACCAACAUGCCGGAGAGCAGGCGAGUCGGUGUCUCGAUUGAGUCGCGUCAUCACGGGAACGUCUUGUGGACACCGACGGAUAAUGGCCGUACUCGCAUUGGGUUCGUGUGUCCUGAUGCACUAUACGGCGAGCACGGAGAGAAUGUUACCGCAGAAACGGUCAUGGAAGAGGCACGAAAGGCAGUGGAGCCGUUCUCGCUGGAGUUCGUAAAGCUGGACUGGUGGACGGUGUAUCAGAUCGGCCAGCGAGUCGCCGAAACCUUCAAGAAGGGCCGCGUGUUCUUGGCUGGAGAUGCAGCACAUACGCACUCGUCAGGCGCUGCACAGGGCCUGAACACUGGCCUGCAUGACGCCACGAACCUUGCGUGGAAACUGGCCGGCGUUCUUAAGGGCUGGUUCGACGAGGAGAUCCUUGAUACGUACAACUCUGAGCGUCGCGCAUCUGCUCUGCAUCUCAUCGAGCUCGAUCGAGACAUCGCCUCCCUCAUCUCUGGCAAAAUACCUGCACAUUACAACCCGCCUCCUGAUGCCGACGUCAAUGCCUACCUUGAGCGAGUGUUCAACAUGAAUUCCGCAUUCUCCGUCGGCCUGGGCGUCUCGUACCAGGAAAACAUGCUGAAUCGUCCUAACUCCGCGCCACAAACUCAUUUAAUAGGCGCGCGCGCUCCCGAUGCUCUUGUGUUCGAAUUAGGCUCGUUCGUCCCGCGUCGGUUGCAUGAAUUCAUGCCGUAUCAAGGGCGCUUCUGGAUUAUGAUCUGGGCAGGCGAGCUGCAGGUCUUGCAGGAUGCAGUGCAGCUGUCCGCAGCGUCCCAGCGGAAGUAUAAUGCGCUUCGCGAGCACAUCGCUUCUCCACGCUCGUUCGCACACACGCGGGCGCCUGCGUUCUCCUACCUCACGAUCGUAAGAGGAACCGAUGCGAUGCAAACCUCAGAGGUUCUUGGGGCGGAGCCGUUUGGAAGGACCGUCUACGAUCAUACGGGGGAGGCGUUCGACAGAUACGAUGUGAAUGCGGACGAAGGAGCGAUUAUUGUCGUUCGCCCGGAUGGCAUCGUGUCUCUGCGUGUGCCGCUAGCUCGUCCAGAAGAGCUCGAUGUGUACUUUGCGAGAAUUCUUCGUCCUUGCGAACAGCAAGUUAAGGACGUAGAGCAAAGUACUCAAGGGAUCGGCGAGAUAUCGUUGGAAGGACGGAAGGAAAUAACCAAGCUUUCGGAGUGAUUGUAACGCGGGUUGGUCAGAUUUAUCGUCUUUGUGUUAGCGUUAUAUGAGAUUGUGUCGGAAUUGUGUGCUCUUGCCACUGAAUGUACGAUAGUAGUAGUGCGAAUGCUAUGCCGUGAAUGGCUGAUCAUCAUAA